GAGGAUGAGGAUGAUGAGGAAGAGGAAGAAGAGGUGGAGAAUAAAAACCCGCCCAAAAAGCUCAAGAAGAAGGUUCCCAAAGAGCCUCUCUCAGGUGGGGGAGAGAAGAAGCUGAAGCAGAAGGAAGACAAGAGUGACCCUGACAGCAAAGCCAAAUCUGCCAAAAGCACCAAGAAGGAGUCAAUGUCCAUGUUCCAGGUGAAGAAGGAGAAGAAAAUCAAGAAGAAAGCCUCCACCAGCAGUGAUGAGGAGGAUGAUUCCGACUCCAGCACCAAACCCAUUCGGUCAGAGAAGAAGAAAAACCCGGCAUCCCUCUUUCAGACUGGUGGGGAUCCCCCAAAAGAGAAAAAAUCCAAAAAGAAAGUUCCUCCCAAAGGGGCUGAGAGUGAGGACGAGACCUCGGAGACUCUGCAGAAAAACUCCAACAAGAAGGGGAAAGCAAAGAAAUCAAAGAAGCAGAAGGAGGAGAGGCCCCCGUCCCCUGUCAUCGAGGUGGAAAACCUGGAGGAGUUCGUGCUGCAGCCAGCGCCGCAGGGAGUGACCGUCAAGUGCCGGGUGACACGGGACAAGAAGGGCAUGGACCGAGGGCUUUACCCCACCUAUUACCUUCACCUGGACAAUGACAAGAAGGUGUUCCUCCUUGCUGGGAGGAAGCGUAAGAAGAGCAAAACCUCCAACUACCUCAUCUCCAUUGACCCCACUGACCUGUCACGGGGUGGAGAGAACUUCAUCGGGAAACUGAGAUCCAACCUGAUGGGCACGAGGUUCACCGUGUUCGACAACGGCGCCAACCCCGACAGGGCCAACGCUGACUGGUCCAACGUGCGCCAGGAGCUCUCGGCCGUGGUCUACGAGACAAACGUUUUAGGGUUCAAAGGCCCCAGGAAGAUGACUGUCAUCAUCCCUGGGAUGAAUGCUGACUGUGAGAGGGUGCCCAUCCGGCCCAGGAACGAUAACGACGGCCUCCUGAUGCGAUGGCAGAACAGGAACAUGGACAACGUGAUCGAGCUGCACAACAAAGCCCCAGUGUGGAACGACGAGACCCAAUCCUACGUCCUCAAUUUCCACGGCCGGGUCACCCACGCCUCCGUCAAAAACUUCCAGAUCGUGCACAGCAGUGACCCCGACUACAUCGUGAUGCAGUUUGGGCGUGUGGCGGACGACGCCUUCACCAUGGACUACAACUACCCCCUGUGCGCCGUGCAGGCCUUCGCCAUCGCCCUCUCCAGCUUCGACGGGAAGCUGGCCUGCGAGUAGCACCGGGGCUACCAGGACCACCGGGACUACUGGGGCUACUGGGACCGCUGGGACCACCAGGGCUACCAGGACCACCAGGACUACUGGGGCUACCAGGACCACCGGGGCUGCUGCCCCCACUGGGGUCCCCCUGCCGCCCCCACUGCCAGUGCCCGGAGGAUGCUCCCGCAUCCCUGUCCUGUCCCGCUCUCUGCAUCUCCACCUUCUGGCAGUCACGGCUGUUCCUGGGGUGGUUCAAGGCACCUGGUGCCUGCUGAGCGCUGUGGGAUGCUCACCCAGCUGCAGCCACCCUCUCCAGGCAAAUCUGGGGCAAAUCACUGGGCUGGGGUGAUGGCAGAGCCAGGCUGGAGGUACAGCCAUAUUCAGCAGAUGAAGCUGACUGCAAUCCCUCUCUCAUCCCUUUGGACUCAGAUCCUGGAAACUCAUCCCCUGCCCCCACUUUUUUGUUGUUAUUUUUCGGUGGGGUUUUAUUUUUGUUGUUUUUUGGUUUUUUGGUUUUUUUGUUUGUUAUGGUUUGUUAUCUUUAUGCUCAGCCUCCCAAUGAGAAGGGCGUAGGUGGUCUCCUCACUUUGUGUUUCCUCACCCCUGCCCACAUGCAGGUGGGCUCUGCCUAAGCUCUCAGCUAAAGGUUCCCAUCCCAUCUCUUCGCCCACCAGGCACAAAGCUCCUCUUUUACCCUACUUUGCCCUGGUGUGAGUGGAUAGCUGGUGCCCAUGGUGUGUUUAUUCCCACUGCGUCUCACCUCACUUCCCAGAAAAUUCUGGGGAUUUGGGUCCCUAAGAAGCAGCCUGGCACAGGCACGUGCCAAGGGGUGACAGUGCCAGCAGAGGAGGGCUGGCAGGCACGUGAGGCAGAGCUUGCACUGCUGGCAGGUGGCCCAGCUGGGUCAGUGCUGCCAGGAGAGACCUGGAAGAGAAAACUCAGGGUGCACCAGGAAGCAGUGGAGUGACUCAUGAGGUGUGGUGCGGUGCUGAGUCACGCUCAGCACCCAAACGGGCCCUGCUGAGCUCCCUGUGCCCUCAGCUCUCACUGCCCCCUUACUCUGUGAUGCCACUCCCGACCUGACGUGCCCCAGGUGUCCCCACAGCUGCCUCACUGGUGCUCUGCUCAUGAGAGGUGCGGGGCAGAAGGUGCCAUCCCCUGUCAGACUGGUGUGGAGCUGCAGGGAGUCACUGGGAAGGGGAGAUGCUGAAGGGAGGCAGCUCACUGGGAACAGGACAGCUCAUGCUGUUCUACCAGUUAUGGGGUGAGGAUUUGGCUGCACAAACAGUCCCAAAUCUGAUUAAUUCAGUGGUGAGAAAAAUGGGGACAUGCCAAGGAGGCCUGAAACACCAUCCUCAGCUCUCUGAUUCUCUCACCUGCUCAGCUCACACACUGACUCCAGAACCACGUGGGAUUCCCUUCUCAGGACACAAAGGGGUUGUUCCCCCUUUCUGGGGUGAUAUGAACCCCCCAAAUUAAUGCAGCUGAGAGGCAGCUGCACCAGAAAGACUGAGGAGCAGACAGAUGAGAUGGAUGUGAUUGUGCAAGAGACUGAUGCUCAUCCUCUCUGGGCAGUGUCACAUCACCAUGGCCUGAGGCCUGUGUGGAGCUGAGGACAAAUGACAGUGACAGAGCUGCUGCUGGACCACUGGUGAUCAUUUACCCCAGUGGCUUUGCAGAUGGGAGUGGAGAUUUUCCCCAGCUGCAUGAAUCUGGGCUCCAUGAUUCACAGGCAGAUGCUGUGGUGGGGCAGGCAGCGGUGGACAGCUUGGGGACAAGCCAGCCCACGUGGGCCAUCAUCCAUUACCCAUGCAGAGAGCUCAGGGAACAUCUUGUGAGCUGAAGGGAGAACCAGCAGUUCAGGGCCAGCGUCCCUGGCGAGGAAUGGCCAGCAAAUGUGGGGGAAAGCAAGAGCUUUCUGCCCAAAUCCAGCCACAAGCCCAACAUCUGUUUGAAAUCGGGACGAGCUCAGCUAACGGUUGAGCUAAUGCUUGUCCCCAUUUCCUCCAGUGCACGGAGGAAAGAAGCAGCAGGGUGAGAGAGAGGGGUUUGGGCUCCCCAGAUUCUGCCUGCUGUUAUCCCAGCUGCUCCCCAGAUUGAUUCUCCCUUCCCUCACCCAAAACGUUUCCAUUUCCCAUUUGCCCAUUGCUACUUGCAAACCCUUCAGAUUUCCUGGCCUGUCACCCAUGGCUGAGCUAAAUCUCUGCCACGGGUGUCCCAUGCUGCGUCACCCAAUCUCAGAGCAGUCACUGCCUCAGCCUUUGACAAACCCUCUAACGCAAACCAACUGUGGCAGAAGAAACAAAUGAAAACAAUUUAAUAGGGUGAUGGAUAUUCGGGCCCUUUGUUUGCGCUGGCUGUUAACACCAGAGGAGAAGAGGGAUGGAAGCAGUUGAAAUGUGUAUCUACUUUGGCUGGUGGAAAGUGUGACGGAUGCUCCAGCAGACCAAUGGCUGAGGGUGCUGGGGUGUGCGUGGGUGUGAAAGGAAUGCUCGCUGCAAGAAAAGAUAAAAAAAAAAAAAAAAAAAAGAAGAAAGAGCCUUAUCAAUGGUGUUUGAGUCCAAAGUGUGUGUAUUCCUUGGAGAAAGGGUUUCCUCAAUCCCCAGGGAUGAUGUUUUCCCUGCAGUGUGAGGGUUUGAGGUUUCUCAAGAUUCAUUUUAGGGGUGCUGUCAUUGGGUGGGUGCUGCAGGCAUGGAUUGAACCCCACAAAGUGCUCGUACAGAGGCACA